AUGCCGGCAACUCUCCGCGAGCAGCGGCAGCGCUGCCGCUGCUCGCGGAGAGGUCCACGAAGCCUGGGCGCGCUGAUCUCAGCGCGCCCAGGCUUCGGCAUGCCGGCAACUCUCCGCGAGCAGCGGCAGCGCUGCCGCUGCUCGCGGAGAGGUCCGCGAGCAGCGGCAGCGCUGCCGCUGCUCGCGGAGAGGUCCGCGAGGCCUGGGCGCGCUGAUCUCAGCGCGCGCAGGCUUCGGCAUGCCGGCAACUCUCCGCGAGCAGCGGCAGCGCUGCCGCUGCUCGCGGAGAGGUCCGCGAGCCUGGGCGCGCUGAUCUCAGCGCGCCCAGGCUUCGGCAUGCCGGCAACUCUCCGCGAGCAGCGGCAGCGCUGCCGCUGCUCGCGGAGAGGUCCGCGAAGCCUGGGCGCGCUGAUCUCAGCGCGCCCAGGCUUCGGCAUGCCGGCAACUCUCCGCGAGCAGCGGCAGCGCUGCCGCUGCUCGCGGAGAGGUCCGCGAGCCUGGGCGCGCUGA